GAGCACUGGUAAAUGUGCAGGAGCCGGGAAAGGGAACGAGGCCUUGCCCUCUGGGCUGCGGCCACGCAUCAAGCAGGGCUGGCUCUCUCACACCUCUCUCAGACGACUGCAGGCGAAGAUGGAGGCUGAAAAUCAGCAGGUGAAAGAAAUAAUCCAGCCUUUACUGGAUACAGAAACUGGUUUUGUGAAGGAGUUGGAGAGGUUUCUGAGCCAACGGGACGUGGCUGAGCUGAGGAGGAGGGAGCUGCUGCACAAGCGCUGGACUGAGCGUGUAUGGUUUCCCCUCCAGAGGAGGGUGGAGGAACAUGUGUCCAGCCGUGGCCCUGCGGAGGCCAAGAGGCGCCAGAGUUUAUACAGUCACUACCUCCACCACUGCAACACCAAGGGUUCUGUGUUUCUGGAAACCUGUGAUCUAAGAGAAUACAACCCUUUUCUUCUCAACAUCAAACAGCCACAGUACCUCAAGCUCACUGCAGCUGCUUUGAAGGACCCAUUGUACCGUCAGCUACAUGAAAGACUGAAGGAGAAGAGAACGGCUCGUUCUUGUGAAGCAGGAUGUAAAUACAAGCUACCUCAGAGUAAUCGUCCUCUCAGUGAGUCUGUGGCGUCUCAGGCUGACAUAGUGCUACAGGCCUCAUCUAUUUAUCCAGUCUCUGUAUCCAGGAAAGCUCCAGCAAAUGAUGAGACUGAAGGAAGGAAAACUGGCAGGCUCGACACCGUGCCGCACCACAUCAGGGCAACUGCCACAGCAGAUAGAAGGUGCCACCAGAGUUUACACCGGUCCUUGCCUACAUCCAAAUAA